AACCAUUUUCGGAUAACUCUUUUAUUAACAAUCUCUGGACUAAAAGUCAAGAUGAUACAAACAUUGCACUUCGAGGACCUAUUCCAUAUAAUCAUUGUUGGAUAACUACUGUUACUUUACACUGUAAUAGAAACGCUAAUUACCAAUUUUCUCAGUCAGUAGCUCCGAUCAGUUGUCAUCUUUCUCAAUCUGGUGAUAGAAGGACGAUAAAUGUGUGUUGCAAUGUGCAUAAUAAUAUUCCAUUGGAUUUUAAAAUUAAUUGCACUAUCCUUAGUGAAAAUGAUACUGGAGGAUUAACUCCUGUUAUCGUUGAUGCAAAUAAUGAUAAUUUUCGAUUACCUGAUGAUCCUGAUGAUAAUAACCUAAUUUUUUCAAGUCUUCUAUGUCAGAAUGAUCCUGGACAAGGAUGUAAUAAUUUAUUUUUAAAUAUUAACCAAAAAUAUCCAAUUAUCAAAUCACCUAACAAUAUGAAUUGUAAUCCUAAUU